CAAUUUCCGAACUCCAAAUGCUAAUUUCCCUUUUCACGCUUCAAGAUGAGGAAUCAGACACUUGAGUAUACUACAAGAUUUAUUUAGGAAUUAUCCUGUUUAUCUCUUGAGGGAUUAUGGCAUUCACAAUCUGGAGGACAGUGAAGUUUUACCUCCGUUUCAGAUGUACAAAAUAAGCUGAUCCUGAUCUUCUUGCUGGUGGUAUGCGCUUCUACUGUUGGAAGAGUCCUCUACUUCAUCUUCGAGUUCCUCUGGAGGACUGGAGAGUGAAGUAUGCCGUAUAAUACAUGAGCGGAGUCUCUGAUGCAUUGGCUCUCAGCUACACUUUUUGCAAUAGCAGUUGUUAUCAAUAUUUUUAAUUGGAUUUACCAAACAAUCAAAAUGAAGGUCUUCCAGGAAGGAAAAUAUAAAGACCAAACAGCGGUCCAUCUCGUCUUUGGCAUCUUCGUACUAGUGGUGUUCCUCACCUAUAUCGGCUUUGUUACUUCCUCUUGAAUUUUCGAAGAUUCUGCAGACGUGAUUUUCAAUAUUGUAACUCUGGUCUAUGCAGGGACUUUCUUUAUUAUCGGCCUGACUUUUAUCAUAGUAGGGAUAAAUUUUUACAGAAAGUACAAGCAGUUUAACAUAGAUCAAGCCACAAAGAUCAGAACCAGGAUCAUCAUGAGCAUCAGUGUUAUCUCUAUCUCUUUCAUAACUCGAGGAACUCUGAACAUUUUGUAUUACAUCUUUGAUAAAAACGCUAGAUUAAGGAGAGAAUGGCUCAAGAGCAAUAGUCUCUGGUUCCCAAUAAUCAUGACAGCUUAUUUUAUAGUAGCAGAGAUCUUGCCAACGCUAUACUUAUGACUCGGGCUCAAAGUUGCCUCUAACCAAGCCAGCAAGAAGGAGAUUUUUUCUGAAGAUAUUGAUACUAGCCUCUCGAUUGAUAGAUUUACAGUCAUGAACAUCAACGAGCAAAUGCAUUCAGAAGGCAGCAUUGAAACAGAAACUAGUUUCGGAUGGAAAGAUAAGACCUAAUUUCUUUAAAACCUUUUUUA